CACUCAAACCUACAUGUCCUACAACUGGACGGUACGGACUAUAAGAGUUUUGAUGGCUUUGCCAAACAAGUGGCCGAUAUUGUGGGCGACAGGGGUUUGGAUACACUUAUCAAUAACGCCGGCAUUGCGUUGACUAAUAAACUAAAUGACGUGACCGCCGACGCUAUGGUCACCAACUUUGCGGUUAAUUCAGUGGCGCCACUAAUGCUAACUAAAGCUCUGCUACCGUUGAUUAAGCAAUCGGGAGCUACCAAGCGCAAAACAACCGUGGUCAACAUUUCAUCAUAUCUGGGCUCAAUCACGGAGGCUCAUAAUUUUGGACCCGUUAUGUUUUACCCGUACUGUACGAGUAAAACGUCACUUAAUAUGAUCACAAAGUGCCUGUCCGUUGAUUUGGCCACACAUGGGAUUAUUGUUAUGGCCUUAAACCCGGGCCACGUGCAGACCGAUAUGGGCGGUCCCAAUGGGGCCAUCACUGUGGAGACUAGUGUUAAUGGUAUAUUUAACGUGAUAGAUAAGUUGAAUAAUAAUGAUGCUGGCAAACUAAUCGACUACGAUGGCACC